UUGUCUGUUUGGCUUAAUAAUAACUUUUGUUUAAAAUGCAGAUGGAAAGCUUGAACACAACGGGGGAGGACGAGACGAGCCUAAAGCAGCACGAAGAUUGACUGGUGGUUGAAUGGACAAAGCCUGAAAAGGAUGAGGAGCAGAUGCGUUGUAGGCUGGGACUCACCCACUGCAAAAGAGUGAAGGAUAUUUGCCAAAUUAAAGCUGGUGAUGCUUUGCAAAUCUAUCCAUACUUGCACGACAUUCAAUGGUUUUUUCACGGCUUCAACCUCCUCAUAAGGAAAGAUGGUGUGAGGGCAAUUGAGGAAGCCUUUGGAAAAAUGCUGUGCCUUAUUGCUGAGGGGACACUGGUGGCCAAAAAGAAGGAUCUGAAGCACGUUCUCCAGAGCCAGCCUUACAACAUGAGUGCAAGGCGUCGAAUGCAUAUCCAGGCCUUAAGGAUAGGCAUGCUCCUGGGGAAACUCCUCAACCAGCCAGACGCUGUGACUCACCUCCUUGUGCCCCGGUCUCCGUUGAAAGUUGCCUGA